CGAAUACGGACAACAACCAUGCUGGACAUCGCGCGAUGGGCCGUGAAAACUUUGACAGGUCAUCUCCCGACUGACCGUAAACUGUGGAAAACCUGCCACCAUAAGGACUUCUCGAAGUCCUUCCGAAGCUUCCUGUGGCGCCUAUUCCAUGGCGGCUAUAAGUGCGGGGUCUACUGGGAGACAAUCCCGAACUAUGAGCUGAGAGGCCGAUGCCCAGUGUGCGACAAUGAAACCGAAUCUCUCGAGCACAUACUACUCGAGUGCACUGCACCGGGGGGCGAGAUUGUCUGGAAUCUAGCCAGACAACUAUGGGAAAUGACAGGCCACCCAUGGCCGGCUCUAAGCUUCGGCACAAUACUCGGAUGUGGUCUGAGUGACUUCAGAAACCCGGAUGGGGUGAGACUACCAGGUACAAACAGACUGUACCGGAUCCUCAUCUCUGAGUCUGCGCACCUCAUCUGGAAAAUGAGAUGUACACGGAGAAUUGAACAUCUUGACGACCCGGCGAAAUUCCCAUCUGAGCGAGAAAUCCGCAAUAAGUGGGUAUACCACAUGAACAGACGCCUGCUCAUUGACCGCCUGACCUGCGACAAGAAGCGUUACGGACGGCGAGCGACGCAGCCCAAGACUGUUCUGAACACCUGGAGCAGCGUACUACUUGGUAAGGAGAACCUUCCGGAUGAUUGGAUCCGGGAGUCCGGGGUUUUA